GGAGAUUUGAAAACGGCUCCGUGAAAAAGAGGGAGACAGCGAGGAGACAGCUAGGACACAGCUACGAUCAAGGCAGACAUGGCUCCCAGGAAGAGGACCACCAAGCAGCGCAGGAACGACCCGCGGGCCGCCAAGCACGAGGCUUUUCUGGAGGACUUCGACAGCGAAGUGAAGACCAGAGUGGGGCAGCUGAGGGAGAAGCUGAACCAGCUUCUGAAGAGCGUUGACAACAGCUACAACAUGGCUCUGAUCAAGAUCCCUACGGCGGUGAGGCAGACGCUCUGGAUGGACUACUGCAAGGCUGAAACCCCCAAGACUCAGGAGGUGGACACCACGAAGAGAGAAGAAGAGGCUGCCAUCGUGGAGAGCGUCGUCGCUGAGGACCACGCAGUCCUUCUGAAAAGUGUCAAGAAAACAACGAAGAAGAAGGGUGGAGCCAAAUCCAGUGCGCAAGAUGAAAACACCCCCAGCACAACGAGGAAGGCCAGAGCGACCAAAAAGCCCCCGACGACAUCAAAGAGAGCGAAGGCGCUGUCGGUGAGCCAGCAGAGCGGCACCAUCAGACGGUCCAACAGGAAACCUCUGGUGACUCCUGCCAGAAAUGUACUGGACUCCUCCCUGAUUGGGUCGACGCCCCUCAUCACCCCGCGCUUCGACCCCAGACUUCCUAGGACUCCUGCUGUGAGGGUUCCCCGCCACAAGGAGAGAGUCUACAGCAUUUCCGUCAACGGGUCUCCCAUCGGCACUGGAAAUGACGACAUCGUCAUCAAUGUCCCCAUUGGUAACGGAGAGACCGUCCAGCUGCUGGCCAGCCAGAUGGACUCGGUGGACCUGUCGCUGCUAGAUGAGACGGCUCUGAGGAGCAUCCGACUGCUGCAGGAUCGGCUCACCAAUCUGUGUGGGACGUCGCAGUGACAACCACCUGGAUGCUUUUAAAGUAAAAGGCUUUUAUUUUGAAGCUUUCACUCCAGACCUUGUCUACUCCAUGGAAUUUAACCGGUAAACCCGUUAAAACCAGAGCUGGGUAGGAAAUAGUGGAGGUUUAUCUGAAUCAUCACGCAAUCAAAGCAGAGCUCAGAUCUUCACCACAUAUGGCAGAUGAGGCAGAAUCAAACGUUGCUCUGGUCUUCACGGGUUUCAUGGAGGUUCUCAAGUGGGUGAAAGCGGCCUGAAAGUUUAUUCACCUCUGUGACAUCUUUGUCUCUGAACUUUUAAUGUGUAUAUUUUCUGAUAUUAGGUUCUUUUGUACCCUUUUUUUUCUUUGGUGUAAAUGAAACAUGUCUUGUGUUCAUUCCUUUCAAAAUACUCUUCCACCUGCUGUUUUUGUAGAUUUU